CUACCAAAAUCCCAAGAGAAAACAACGACUAAGGAUAAGAUUUUAAUUACACAUCGAAAAUAUCUGUUGCUAAUCCACUCGCUAGACGAUAAGACACCGACCUCAAGUCAAAUGUUUACGGGAACACCUUUCGGUAGUCAUAUACGGUUUGGUUGCAUUUCCGAUUGGAUGUUUUGCUGAAGACUCCCGGUUUGAAACAUUUAGUUGCGAUACCUCAAGAUGAAGUACUUGGCGGUGUUGAGCGUGGUGGUGGCACUUGUAGGAUUAAGUGUGGCUAUAAGCGUUGCCGGUAAGUCUACGCGGAAGAUCGACUGGAGCCUGGUUCGUCCGAUCAGUGAGUUUGCACAUGUACGGCAAAGAAUUCAGAGCUUGACCGAAACAAAAUCCUUAAUGAACCAACGAAUCGUCGGUGGACAGAUUGCAUCACCCGGACAGAUUCCAUAUCAGGCUGCAAUUUUGGCUGACAUUGAAGAUGGUUCGGGACUUUGUGGCGGAGUUUUGAUCUCAGCGAAUUAUGUGUUAACCGCCGCGGUGUGUGUUAAUGGAGCUAGCGAGGGAACUGUGAUUUUAGGAGCCCAAAAUUUACAGAACGAAAAUGAAGAUGGCCAAGUGCGUAUGGACUUCACCAGUUCAGAUGUGCAUGUUCACGAAGAGUAUGUUGAGUUCAUCUUUAGACACAACAUUGCUGCGAUUAGAUUGCCUCAACCGGUAGCGGUGACAGAGAGGAUUCGUCCGGCAGUGUUGCCAGCUGCCACCGAUUCGCGAACCUUCGCGGGAAUGCAAGCCACCAUCAGCGGAUUUGGACGCACCUCAGAUGCCAGCACUUCGUUCUCCGAUGUUCUACGUUACGUGUCCAAUCCUAUUAUGACAAAUGCCGAUUGCGGUGCCGGUUAUUAUGGAGAUCUGAUUGAUGGACAGAAAAUGUGCUUAGCUUACUUCAAUACUCGUGGGCCUUGUAUUGGGGAUGAUGGGGGACCUCUGACGGUACAGGAUGCCGGCCAAAGUUUGCUGGUUGGAAUCUUCUCAUUCGGGUCCGUUGUCGGGUGUGAGUCCCAGUGGCCGACAGUUUUCGUUCGAAUUACUUUUUACUUGGAUUGGAUAGCAUCGCACACCGACGUCGUUAUCGGAUCGCACUGACCUAAUCUAUGUUGUAAAAUUGGCUGGUUACUGCAGAACCAUAAAAAUCAACUGAUGCGAGUCAUGUAUCGAUGAAUCGAGAAACUAGAAGCUACCAGAGUGAAACAAAUGGUGUAUAUCGAUAAGAUAAAUAUAUUCAUUUUGAUUCUGAACUGAGCGAA